AUGGUUGAUUUUUGUUUCAGGUUCAGCAGAGGACUGGUAAUGCGAACAGGAAGGCAAGGCAAGACAGAAUUAACUUCUUACUAUCCCUAUAGCUGUGGUGCCAGUGGGGAAAGUCCUAUAGGCAACUCCAAAGAGCGAUUAUCACCAGACAGCAUCUGUGAAGGAUUGUCUGGUCUCAGCGGUUCCUGCCAAAUCCAUGGUCCAUCUCUUGUCUCGGCAGACACAGAAGAGAUGACGAUAUCGGAAUCAAAAUCACCUCCACUGCUGAGGUCUCCAGCAUUUUCUCACUCUCGCUGCCCUCCAAACAUGCACAAAUCUUGUUUUUGUGUAAGAUUCAUUGCAGAACAUACUAAAAUGCAAGAGGAUUCAACCAAGGUUAAAGAAGACUGGAAAUAUGUAGCCAUGGUAUUGGAUAGAUUAUUCCUAUGGAUAUUUACAUUAGCAGUGCUUGUUGGUACAGCAGGAAUCAUCCUUCAAGCACCAACACUGUAUGAUGAUCGUGUUCCAAUUGAUAAAAAGUUUUCAGAGUUUGCAACAUCAUUAGUGAGGAAACCUAAAAUCAGCUCUUCUAUACUGAAUGAAAAUUGA